CUCCUCUCGCAGUCUCGCUAGCGGUUCCUUUCUUUUUUCCGUUUUUUUUUUCCGGGCUUCCAUCCCUUUCCGCGUCCCGGCUUCCACUCCGCUCCGCUCCUUUUGCUGCCCGAGCCCCGCGGCACCGCCUCCGGAUUCCCUCCGGCUUCUGCUCCGGCGGUCGGAUCUCGCCGCAGCUGCGCCCUGCCUUUGAGGCAGAGAAGGUGCUCAUAUUUGUUUUCCAUUGAUCGGACUGCUCCAAGUAUUGUUCAUUGCCAGUGCAUUGUGUGAGUGGAUGGUGCUAUACGAGGUCACAUGAAAGUUCCAUGCAUAUGCCUUCCAUCUGAUGGCCAUAAUAUGGUAAUUGAUCAGUUUGGAUAGCAUUUCAACAAGUAGCUGGUCAGAUACAGCACAACAUUUUCAUAUUCAAUAUGCCGCCAUGGUGGAGUAAGUCAUCGUCAAAAGAUGUUAAGAAAACCACCAAAGAAAACCUGAUCGAUACAUUUCAUCGCUUGAUAAGUCCCAAUGAGCAAAAAGGAAGCACAAAAUCAAAACGGAAUUGCAGACGUGGAAAUAAUGCAGCUGUUGAGAAAGUUUGCAAAUCGACCGCAGUGUCACGUCCAACUUCACCAUCAAAAGAAGUUUCUCGCUGCCAAAGUUUUUCGGUUGAUAGGCCGCAUGCUCAGCCGCUUCCUAUUCCUGGAGGAUGCCCUCGAGCAAAGCGUACAGUUUCUGAAGUCAUUGAGUCAAAGCCCAUAUUGGAAAAGCGUGGCAAACCACCGCUGUUUCUGCCGCUUCCUAAACCUGAUCCGCUUCACAAAAGGCCUGGAAACAGUGAGAUUGCUUCAGAAAUAGUGGUUGCUUCUGUCUCGAGCAACUGUUCUGCUGAUAACGAGUAUCAUGCAGAUUCUCAGCUUCAGAGCCCUGUUGGGAAUGAUACUGAAAAUCCAACAAAGAUUUCUUCAAAGAACAAAAGUAAUGUUCGCAAGGAGCACCCUGGUGCCAUCACUACCAAGAACACGAAGGAAACAUCGAAGCCAACUGCUAGUGCUUUCCUCAAUAACCAUACACUGUCCACAUCACCAAGAGGUAUUGCAGCUGACAAUAAUCAACCAAAUUUACAAAACCUCCGUCCGGUGGUUUUGGAGAGUGCUCCCAAUAGUUUGAUGUCAAGUCCUUCGAGAAGUCCAAGACGGAUAUGUCCUGACCAUAUUCCGACUUCAGCCUUUUGGGCAGUGAAGCCUCAUGCAGAUGUAACUUUCCUUGGAUCUGGUCAGUGCUCCAGUCCAGGUUCAGGGCAAACAUCUGGACAUAAUUCAGUGGGUGGCGAUAUGCUAGCCCAGCUUUUUUGGCAGCCCAGCAGGGGUAGUCCAGAGUGUUCACCAAUUCCCAGCCCAAGAAUGACGAGUCCUGGCCCUAGUUCUCGUGUGCAUAGUGGAAGUGUUUCCCCAUUGCAUCCAAGGUCUGGAGGAGUGGCACCUGAAUCUCCUACAAGUCGACAUGAUGAUGGAAAGAAGAAGCAAACCCAUAAAUUACCCCUUCCACCAUUGAGCAUCUCGAACAGUUCAUUUUUUCCAAACAACUCCACACCAACUAGUCCUAUAUCAGUACCCCGGAGCCCUGGCAGAACAGAGAAUCCAUCAAGUCCAGCAUCACGAUGGAAGAAGGGCAAGCUGAUUGGUCGUGGGACAUUUGGUCAUGUGUACGUUGGUUUCAACAGUGAUAGUGGCGAAAUGUGUGCAAUGAAAGAGGUCACCCAAUUCUUGGAUGAUCCUAAAUCGAAGGAGAGUGCAAAGCAAUUGGGGCAGGAAAUAUCACUCUUGAGCCGCUUACGGCAUCCAAAUAUUGUACAAUACUAUGGAUCAGAAAGGGUCGACGAUAAACUUUACAUAUACUUGGAGUAUGUGUCUGGUGGAUCCAUACAUAAACUUCUACAAGAGUAUGGACAGCUUGGUGAACCAGCAAUACGCAGCUACACUCAGCAGAUACUUUCAGGCUUAGCUUAUUUGCAUGCCAAGAAUACAGUCCAUAGGGACAUCAAAGGUGCAAACAUACUAGUAGAUCCAAGUGGCCGUGUUAAACUAGCAGACUUUGGAAUGGCAAAACAUAUCAACGGGCAGCAUCCUUUCUCAUUUAAGGGUAGUCCAUACUGGAUGGCUCCAGAGGUUAUAAAAAAUUCUAAUGGAUGCAACCUUGCGGUUGACAUAUGGAGUUUAGGAUGCACUGUCCUGGAAAUGGCUACUUCAAAGCCACCGUGGAGCCAGUAUGAAGGGAUUGCUGCAGUGUUCAAGAUUGGGAACAGCAAGGAACUUCCACCAAUACCAGAUCACCUUUCAGAGCGCUGCAAGGACUUCAUUAGGAAGUGUCUGCAACGUGACCCGUCUCAACGUCCAACAUCAGUUGAGCUUUUGCAACAUCCGUUCAUACAAAAUGGAAUUUCACUUGAGAAAUCUGUUGCUCCUAAUCCUUUGGAACAUCUGGCUGCCAUAUCCUGUAGACCAAAACCCAAGGUGGCCAUGCAGACAAGGAAUACCUCCUUAGGUUUGGAGGGUCAGACUAUUUACCAACGAAGGGGUGUAAAAUUAUCUUCAAAACACAGUGAUAUCCAUAUACGAAGCAAUGUAUCAUGUCCAGUUUCUCCAUGUGGAAGCCCCCUGCUAAAGUCGAGGUCUCCCCAACACACAAGUGGCAGGAUGUCACCCUCUCCUAUUUCGAGCCCUAGAACUACUUCAGGCACUUCCACACCCCUAUCUGGUGGUAAUGGUGCUAUUCCUUUUAACCACCUAAGGUAUGCAACCUACAGCAGUGAGGGAUUUGGGACCACAUCUAGAGGCCGGGAUGAUCUCUUUCCCAACCGGCAUAAAGAUCCUAUCCUUGGGCAAUUCACUCAGGCGCAUCAAGUCGCACAGGGACCUCGGGAAAGAGUAGUAUCUGAAGCUGAUAUUCUGAGCCCUCAAUUUGGAAAGAGACUUGGAAAUGUUUUUGAUUUGCGUGAAAGGCUGUCCCCUUCUGAACAUUUUACUCGUCAUGCCUUUGUCGAUCACGUGGAACUAAAUCCUUCACUUGACCUAACAUCUGGCCCUCUAAACCUUGGACUCCAGCAUGGUAAAUAACUAUCAGAGUGUAAAAAGCAAGGUGGCAUUUUUGGAAUUUGUUAAGGUAACUGGUGGUUUUUGGCUAUAACCAUUCAAUGACUGGAAUUGUAUCAUAGUUUAAGAAUUCAGAAAGAUUGACAAUUGCUUUAGAAGCUAAUGGUUGGCAAUGGAUGUGAUCUUUGUUGUCAUCAAUGCAAUUCAAGUCAACAAAGAUUCCGCCCAUUCCUAUCUGGCCAAACAACUUGCCUUAGCAUACUACAACCAACGUGCUAACAAGUGUCAUUGAUGGGACUGUAUAUUAGAUUCCCAGACUGAAUCACUGAAGGACCCAAAGCAGUAACUCUCCAUUUGUAUACCCCUCUCUCACCCCCAAUAUGUAACCUAUUUUUUCUAAUUUUUUCCUUGGCGUCCUGACGCCAAUGUAUAGAAGGUAUCUCAACUAAGAAGCCUAGAUUUUGCACAGGAAAAACAGUUGAGCUAUUCAGCAAUCAGUCCCCGUCUCUCUCUCUCUCUCUCUUUUUUCCCUUCGCUCCUUCACAGUUACAUAUCUCCCACCCGUCCCUGGAGCUGAUGCAGCUAAUCGACUUAGCACUGAUAAGUAUAUUUUGUAGCAGUACUAAUCUAAUGAGCCAUUUCAUUCAAUGUACACCUGUACAAUCUACUUGGGAUGUACACAAAGAAUCUCUGCCCCCCUAACUAAAUGCUUGUCAUA